UUCACACAGCAGCAAACGAAAACACACCGUUCUCACAGGAAGCGACGGUUUUGAUCAGAUGUGAAAUUGGUUUGGUUACCUUAGCAACUAACUAGUACAAAUACACAAAGAAAAAAAAAAAUCCACCCACUCAUGCUCAAGUUUUAUGCUGACAGGAGGAACCAACAUGGAUGAGCUCGAUAUGCUGUUAGAGGAACUGGCCCUGAAUCCUGUCAGUUCAACCAGCGUCCCUGAGAAAAAGAGCAAUGCUGCAACUACUAGAGAGGUGCCAAAUGAUGUUAGUGCUGGGCUUACCAAAAAUGAAAAAGGCUCAGUAUCCUCAAAUGUGUACAGUGAUGUUCCAACUCCUGUGCCAGCCUUUCUGGAACCUGACUCACCCACUCAGGAGCUGGACUCAAUCUUGCAAGACCUGAUGGGUCUAGCACAGGGGGAUCUAGAACCUCCAACCACCCCUCCACUACUUACACAAAAACAGUCCAUGAAAAAGCAAACAGAAGGUGGACAACAGGAGAACAAGGAGAGCAGCAGCAACAACAGUCCAGCAGGUUCAGAUGCAAAAGCCUCAACCCAAAGAAAGAAAACAGAUACGAUAGAUGACCUGCUGGGAGGGUUGAGCACUGACCUGGAGAAGAUCGGUGUACGCACCAUAGCCAAGGGCCACUGUGCUUCCUGCAACAAAUGCAUUGUAGGAAAGAUGAUCACAGCACUGGGUGAAGUGUGGCACCCUGAACACUUUGUGUGUGCGGUGUGUAAGAUGGAGCUGAGCACCACAGGCUUCUUUGAGAGAGAUGGACUGCCGUACUGCGACAAAGACUACCAUCAGCUCUUCUCACCACGCUGUGCCUAUUGCAAGGGGCCUAUUUUGCAGAACAUCUUGACAGCCCUGGACCAGACCUGGCACCCUGAGCACUUUUUCUGUACACACUGCGGAGGCCUGUUUGGAGCGGAAGGUUUCCUAGAGAAGGAUGGGAAGCCGUAUUGCUGUAAGGACUUCUACCACCUCUUCGCUCCCAAGUGCUCAGGCUGUGGGGAGUCCGUGCGGGAGAAUUACCUGACAGCAGCCAAUGGCACCUGGCAUCCAGAAUGCUUCGUCUGCGCAGACUGCCUGAAGCCCUUCACUGACGGCUGUUUCAUGGAGCUGGAUGGUCGUCCCCUCUGCUCGGUGCACUUUCACUCCAGGCAGGGCACUCUGUGCGGUGGCUGUGGAGAGCCCAUCAUCGGCCGCUGCAUCUCUGCUCUGGACCGCAAGUUUCACCCCGAGCAUUUUGUGUGUGCCUUUUGUCUGCGGCAGCUCAGCCAGGGCAUCUUCAAGGAGCAGAAAGGGAAGCCAUACUGCGCAGCUUGCUUUGACAAACUCUUUGUCUGAGACAUGUACAAGCGUGAGAUAUAAAUAAUACAAUAAAAACAAAAGAAACAUUCA